AUGUUGAAAAGAUGGUUAACUGUGAAGAAAAAGAAGACUGUAAUAAAUGACAAAGCCACUGUCGACGUCGACGUCGCCAUCACGGUCACUAACAUUGAUGAAGAAUCAAUAGGCCCACUCGAAACACUAGAUAGACUAGAUGAUGAUUGGGAGUACACACUGAAUCCAAAGGGCACCGAGUUUCCCACAGAUGCCUCUAGUACCUUCCAAGUGAAAGAGGUGCUAGGCACAAAUACUGAUGCGGAGUAUAGUGCAAUUAGCAAAAAUCCAUUUAUUACAAAUGAAGUGGGAGAGGAUGAAGUAUUGAACUUUCCCAUCUUAUUUGCAAAUACCAUAAAUGAGCAGCUACCAUUUGGAGAUGGGUCCAAUAAGGUUUUCGGGUAUGAGAAUUUUGGGAAUACAUGCUAUUGUAAUUCCGUGUUACAAUGUCUAUAUAAUUUGCCUGAAUUUAGAUUGAACAUAUUACAAUAUCCUGAGCGAAAUUUAAUGGAUCAGAGAGUACGAAAGCUGGAAAUGCCCGGGUAUAAACCUAGGUGUUUCUCAGAGGCUAGUUUCGAGAAACCACAAACAACAACUGGAGCCUCGGUUCCAGCACAAGAUGCUAACAAUAAUCAAAAUAAUACAACUACCGCUAAUGGUAAUAAUAAUAGCAAUAAUUUCAAGACACCUUCUGCUCAAAACAAAAAUAUUUUCAAGGGCUUAUUCGGAUAUGGUAAUUCCAAAAUAAAUACUGAACCACUUUCGCAGAUGGCUGAUUCAAGCACAAGCACAGACCUUGAACUUCCAGAUGAAAACAUUGUUGGGAAAGAAGAAGAUCAACAUGAAGGAGAAGAAGAAGAGGGAAACAAUAACCAUGAUGGGCAACCUAUUGAUCAGGAAAUAAAAUUACUACCCAACUCGCACAAGAUAAUCAUUGGCAGGACACCACCUGUCUUGAAUCCAAAUACACGUAACAAUUCACAAGUAUCAGGAGCCAGUAAUAAUGAUUUGCUACCGGUACAUAUAUCUACAGAACAAAGGAAGAAAACGGCAUUAAUAGAGGGUCCAAUCUUAACUAUUGAUCAUUUAAUCAAUAGUUUUGAGCCAUCUCAAGGUGACUUGUACAAUACUUUGAAGGAUUUAUUCGAAUGUAUAACUGAACAUUCUUCAUUGACGGGAAUUGUAUCGCCGGUCCAAUUUGUUAACAUGCUAAGAAGGGAGAAUGUUCUAUUUGAUUCGAUGAUGCAUCAGGACGCUCAUGAAUUCCUAAACUUUAUGUUGAAUGACUUUAGUGAUCGUUUAGACAGAGAUAAUCAAGCCAAGAAUUUUAUAAAUGAAAUAUUUCAAGGUACAUUGACUAAUAAAGUUCGUUGUCUGACAUGUGAUAAUGUCACCUCUAGAGAAGAAGCAUUUCUGGAUCUACCAAUUGAGGUUAAAGAAAAUGGUGAUACUGAUAUUCAAAGAGUUUUGAAGUAUUAUUCUCAACGAGAGAUGCUAAAUGGUUCGAACAAAUUUAAUUGUAGUCAAUGUUGUGCAUUACAAGAAGCGGAAAGAGCCGUUGAAUUAAAGAAAUUACCCGAUACAUUAAUAUUGCAUUUGAAAAGGUUCAAGUACUCAGAACAACAACUCUCUAAUAUCAAACUUUUUAGUAAAGUAUACUAUCCCUUAAUUCUUGAGGUAAACUCCAAUUAUAAAUGCACGGAUACCAUCAAAUAUGAGUUGAGUGGUAUUGUUAUACAUGUUGGUGAUGGACCACAGAUGGGACAUUAUGUUGCACUUUGUAAGACAGAGAAAUAUGGGUGGUUAUUCUACGAUGAUGAGACGGUAGAAUCUGUGUCGGAGGAGACUGUUCUAAAAUUCAUUGGUGACGAAAAGACUCAAAGCACAGCAUAUGUCCUUUUUUACAAGAAACUUGGUGACAAGGAAACAAACAUAGAUCAUAACCCAGAGCAAUUCGCUGACAAUUUCAAGCAAUUGAUUAAAUAUGACGACAGGUGGAGACUCCGCAAGAAAAGUAUGGCACAGUUUAAUGCCGAUAAUAGUAACACUAAUAAUACUAAUCAUAACCUCAGCGUUCAUGCUGCGGAUGAUUCGUAUAAUGAAGUGGAUCAAACGUUUACGUCAACAAACACAGAAAAAUCAAAAGUAUCAAGGCUGUUCAGUUUUAUGAAAUAA